AUGGCUCCUCGACCUGAAGUAGGGAGUGAUUCCUCCCCCAGUCUUAGUAUGUUCUUGCCUUUUGGAUACUUUAGAUUCCUGAAACGGUUGGACCUGGUGACUGAAGACCCAGAGGACAACCCCUGGGAUCUACCAGAGCUUAAAGACACCGGAGUCAAGUGGUCAGAUUUGGAUACAAAGGAAAGAUUGAGGGUGCUGACUGGUAUUGUGAAGCUCAUUCUACUGCUUGGACUCCUCUUGUUUAUUUGCUCAUUGGAUGUUCUGAGUUCUGCUUUCCAGCUAGUCGGAGGCAAAGCUGCUGGUGACAUCUUUCAGGACAAUGUUGUGUUGUCCAACCCUGUGGCUGGGCUGGUGAUCGGGGUGUUAGUCACAGUGUUGGUGCAGAGCUCCAGCACCUCCUCCAUUGUGGUCAGCAUGGUGUCCUCUGGAUUGCUUGAUGUCCAAACUGCUGUGCCCAUUAUCAUGGGGGCCAACAUUGGAACAUCUGUCACCAACACUAUUGUGGCUAUGAUGCAGGCAGGAGAUAGAAACGAGUUCCGCAGGGCAUUUGCUGGAGCGACUGUCCAUGACUUCUUUAACUGGCUGUCUGUGCUGGUUCUUCUGCCUCUGGAAGUGGCCACAGGAGUUCUGUACAAACUCACCCGCCUCGUGAUCGACUCAUUCAACAUCCAGACUGGGGAAGACGCACCUGACCUGCUCAACGUCAUCACAGACCCACUCACAGACUCCAUCGUCCAGCUGGACAAAUCAGUCAUAACUGGCAUUGCCACCGGUGACCCCGAAGCCAGAAACAAGAGCCUGAUUAAAGUAUGGUGCAAAAAGAAGGAUAACACGACUUUCUGGAAUGAAACGGUUACGAAUUGCCCUCAUGGUGUCCUCUGUUGGGUAGAAGGAAAUGAGACCUGGGCCCAGUUGAACGAGACUUGGACUGAGAACCUAGAGAAAUGCAAACACAUCUUCGCCAAUGUUAAUCUCCCAGACUUGGCAGUGGGCCUCAUUCUUUUGGGUCUGUCUUUACUCGUCCUCUGCACCUGCCUCAUCCUCAUCGUCAAGUUGCUCAACUCUAUGCUGAAAGGACAGGUGGCUGUAGUCAUCAAGAAGGUGAUCAACACAGACUUCCCCUUCCCCUUUGGGUGGGUUACCGGCUACAUCGCCAUUCUGGUCGGAGCUGGUAUGACCUUCAUAGUUCAGAGCAGCUCCGUCUUCACCUCGGCAAUAACGCCUCUUGUUGGUAUCGGUGUCAUUAGCCUUGAGAGAGCUUAUCCUCUGACACUGGGCUCAAAUAUUGGCACAACAACCACUGCCAUCCUCGCUGCUAUGGCUAGUCCUGGUGACACACUAGAACAGUCUCUGCAGAUUGCACUGUGUCUUUUCUUUAACAUCAUGGGUAUCCUACUGUGGUAUCAUCCCUUCAUGCGGGUGCCCAUCAGGUUGGCCCGAGGCCUGGGGAACCGUACGUCCAAAUACCGUUGGUUUGCUGCCUUCUACCUCUUCCUGUGCUUCUUGGUGUUGCCCCUCGGCGUCUUCGGCCUGUCGCUGGCCGGCUGGAAGGUUCUGGUGGGCGUUGGCGUGCCCAUCGUUGCACUGAUCAUCUUUGUGAUCAUUAUAAAUGUCAUGCAGUCCCGCUGCCCACGUUUCCUGCCCGAAGUCCUGCACACAUGGGACUUCUUGCCACGGCCGCUGCGCUCCAUGGCACCGUGGGACGUGGCGGUGACGGCCAUGCUGGGCCUCUGCAGCAGGCGCUGUUGUUGCUGCUGUAAAUGUUGCAAAUGCUGCAACAAAAGAGAGGAGGAGGACGAAAAGAUUAGGAAGAACAGCAAAAAGAGCCUGGAGAUGUACGACAAUCCAGCCAUGUCUAAAGACGAGGACACAAAGGGUGCCAUUAAAGCAACACAUCUUUAAUAUUAUUAAGUGGUAUAUUUAAGAAAUAUUCAAUCCAGUAAUGUAUUCAUAACACGCUUUUAAUUGUUCAUCACUUCUCAGGUUGUGGUAUGUUGAUUAUUUUCCUGUGUAGUAAACACUGUUUCUUACCAUCAUCCUGGAUGACAUAAACAGAAGUGUUGGGCAUAUUAUUGUAAACCCAGGACGUGCACUUUCUGGGCAUGUGAUGUUUGUUUUAUGAUGUUCAAUUUAUUAUUCAGAUUCACAAUCUGUAAAAUACUGUGUAUGGCUUUACUAUGGGUGGUGCCGAAUGUUAUGGCUUAUUUUUAUAUUUUUUCAGAUAUGAGCAAGAGGCAUGCGCUUUUAUUG